CCUCUCUCUAAUCCCUCCCUCCUUCCCUCCCUCUAAACUCACCUAUCUGGCAGAACCAGAAAGGCCAUACCUCCCAAAAACGAACUUCUGAGGAAACGAAACUGAUCUGAUUCUCUGUGUCGUCUGUCUGUGUGAGAGUGAACAACCGUCCAAAUGGCUCAACAGGGAGUUCUGCUGGACCAGGACCAGUUCUGUUGUUCUGUCUGUCUGGAUCCACUGAAGGAAUCAGUCACCAUCCCCUGUGGACACAAUUACUGUCGAAUGUGUAUUGAGGGAUGCUGGGAUCAGGAUGUUCUGAAAGGGGUCUAUAGCUGUCCUCAGUGCAGAGAGACCUUCACUCCAAGGCCAACUCUGAGGAAAAAUAACAUGUUGGCUGAGCUGAUGGAGAAACUGAAGAAGACAGGACUCCAGACUGCUCCCCCUCCUGCUCUGUGCUAUGCUGGACCUGGAGAUGUGGCGUGUGAUGUCUGCACUGGGACCAGAAAGCAGAAAGCCCUCAUGUCCUGUCUGGUGUGUCUGGCCUCUUACUGUGAGACUCACCUCCAAUCUCACUAUGAAUCUCCUGCUUUGAAGAAGCACAAGCUGGUCAAAGCCACCGCACAACUACAGGAGAAGAUCUGCUCUCAUCAUGACAAACUGCUGGAGGUUUACUGUCGUACCGAUCAGCAGUGUAUCUGUUAUCUGUGUACAAUGGAUGAACAUAAAGGCCAUGAUACAGUGUCAGCUGCAGCAGAGAGGACUGAGAAACAGCUUGAUAGCUCAUUGAAGAGUGAUUCUCCACAGAGGCAGCUGGGGAUGAGUCAGCAGAAGGUCCAGCAGAGAUUCCAGGAGAGAGAGAAGGAGCUGAAGGAGCUCCAACAGGCUCUGGAGUCUCUCAAGCGCUCUGCACAGGCAGCAGUGGAGGACAGUGAUCAGAUCUUUACUGAGCUGAUCCGCUCCAUUGAGAGAAGGAGCUCUGAGGUGAAGGAGCUGAUCAGAGCCCUAGAGAAGGCUCAAGUGAGUCAAGCUGAAGGACUCCUGGAGCAACUGAAGCAGGAGAUAGCUGAGCUGAGGAAGAGAAGCACUGAGCUGGAGCAGCUCUCACACACAGAGGAUCACAUCCAUUUCCUCCAGAGUUACAAGUCUCUCUCCAGUAUCAGUGUAUCUUCAGACUUACCCAGCAUCGUUGUCCGUCCUCUUCAGUACUUUGGAGAUGUGAGUAAGUCUGUGUCUGAACUGAGAGAGAAACUAGAAGACUUCCUUAAAGGAGAAUGGACCAAGAUCUCCACUACAGUGAAUAUAGUGGAUGUUGUACUGCCUCCAGAGCCCAAGACCAGAGAACAGUUGUUACAAUGGUCCUGUCAGCUCACACUGGACCCAAACACAGCACACACACUCCUCUCUCUGUCUGAAGGGAACAGAAAGGUGAAACGUACACGCCAAGUCCAACCAUAUCCUGACCAUCCAGACAGAUUCACCAACAACUACUGUCAGGUUCUGUGUAGAGAGGGUCUGUCUGGACGCUUUUACUGGGAGGUGGAGUGGACUGGGGAGUGGGUUAAAACAGCAGUCUCAUAUAAAGACAUCAGCAGAACAGGGACAGAUAGUGGAUUUGGACACAAUAACAAGUCCUGGAGUUUAAAGUACUAUAGUGGUGAUUAUUGUUUCAGACACAAUCAUGUUGAGACUAAAGUAUCAGGCCCUCAGUCCUCCAGAGUAGGAGUGUACCUGGAUCACAAGGCAGGUACUCUGUCCUUCUACAGUGUCUCUGACACAAUGACCCUCCUCCACAGAGUCCAGACCACAUUCACUCAGCCCCUCUAUCCUGGAUUUCAUCUCAAUGGUACUGCUGAGCUGGUUAAACUGUAGUAGGGUCCACAUAGAUACUAUUCAUGCUGGUGUAGUCUAUAGCUGAGCUGGUUAAACUGUAGUUGGGUCCACAGAGAUACUAGUCAUGCUGGUGUAGUCUAUAGCUGAGCUGGUUAAACUGUAGUAGGGUCCACAUAUAUACUAGUCAUGCUGGUGUAGUAUAUAGAUGAGCUGGUUAAACUGUAGUAGGGUCCACAUAGAUACUAGUCAUGCUGGUGUAGUCUAUAGCUGAGCUGGUUAAACUGUAGUUGGGUCCACAUAGAUACUAGUCAUGCUGGUGUAGUCUAUAGCUGAGCUGGUUAAACUGUAGUUGGGUCCACAUAGAUACUAGUCAUGCUGGUGUAGUCUAUAGCUGAGCUGGUUAAACUGUAGUUGGGUCCACAUAGAUACUAGUCAUGCUGGUGUAGUCUACAGCUGAGCUGGUUAAACUGUAGUAGGGUCCACAUAGAUACUAGUCAUGCUGGUGUAGUCUAUAGCUGAGCUGGUUAAACUGUAGUAGGGUCCACAUAGAUACUAGUCAUGCUGGUGUAGUCUAUAGCUGAGCUGGUUAAACUGUAGUAGGGUCCACAUAGAUACUAGUCAUGCUGGUGUAGUCUAUAGCUGAGCUGGUUAAACUGUAGUAGGGUCCACAUAGAUACUAGUCAUGCUGGUGUAGUCUAUAGCUGAGCUGGUUAAACUGUAGUAGGGUCCACAUAGAUACUAGUCAUGCUGGUGUAGUCUAUAGCUGAGCUGGUUAAACUGUAGUAGGGUCCACAUAGAUACUAGUCAUGCUGGUGUAGUCUAUAGCUGAGCUGGUUAAACUGUAGUAGAGUCCACAUAGAUACUAGUCAUGCUGGUGUAGUCUAUAGCUGAGCUGGUUAAACUGUAGUAGAGUCCACAUAGAUACUAGUCAUGCUGGUGUAGUCUAUAGCUGAGCUGGUUAAACUGUAGUAGGGUCCACAUAGAUACUAGUCAUGCUGGUGUAGUCUAUAGCUGAGCUGGUUAAACUGUAGUAGGGUCCACAUAGAUACUAGUCAUGCUGGUGUAGUCUAUAGCUGAGCUGGUUAAACUGUAGUAGGGUCCACAUAGAUACUAGUCAUGCUGGUGUAGUCUAUAGCUGAGCUGGUUAAACUGUAGUAGGGUCCACAUAGAUACUAGUCAUGCUGGUGUAGUCUAUAGCUGAGCUGGUUAAACUGUAGUAGAGUCCACAUAGAUACUAGUCAUGCUGGUGUAGUCUAUAGCUGAGCUGGUUAAACUGUAGUAGAGUCCACAUAGAUACUAGUCAUGCUGGUGUAGUCUAUAGCUGAGCUGGUUAAACUGUAGUAGGGUCCACAUAGAUACUAGUCAUGCUGGUGUAGUCUAUAGCUGAGCUGGUUAAACUGUAGUAGGGUCCACAUAGAUACUAGUCAUGCUGGUGUAGUCUAUAGCUGAGCUGGUUAAACUGUAGUAGGGUCCACAUAGAUACUAGUCAUGCUGGUGGUGAUGGUCCCCAGAUGUGAUGAUUCAUUCUGCUCUGUUUUAUCUACAAUGAUUUAACUGAUUUGAUCUUCAGAAGAUGUUAUGAAUUAAAAUUCAAUGUUUUCAUAUUUUUGUAGUUGCAAUGUUUAAAUCUUGUACAUUUCCAUGAAUCAUGAUGUCUGGUGUUGAUGUAUAUUGGUUGUCAUUCAGAACCAUUGAUAUGUUUUCUCAGUUGGUUCUCUGUCUCUAUGUAAUUCUCCUCAGUAUCAUUGAUCAGCUUGUUGGUCCUAAUUGAUGUGUUCUCUGUCACCUGGAGCUGCAUGGAAAAUGGUCCAGGAACUAAAGGACAAUUCAGGACUAGUCAGCCCACUACAAGCUGGUAUCACUUACUUUCUACUAAACUAUAUGGACUGGUUUCCCAGACACAGAUUAAUCCUAGUCCUGGACUAAAAAGUAUGUUCAAUGUAGAUGUCCAGGAAACCGUCCCUAAAUGUGUCAUCUUUCAUCCUCCCAUACUGCUCAGUCCAGCAACAUUAAACCUGUCCAGCGGGUGGUGCUAUUGACCAAACAAUAAAACCAGCAGAUAUCUUGACUUGCCACUCAGUAUAUCAGUAAUGUUCAGAAUAGUACUUUAAUAUCAUUGGAGAUUGAUGGUCUUUUUAAUCCACUAUCCAGAGUCAGGAACAGAUGAAGUUAGGUCUGCUACUGUUCAGUGAUUAAAUAUGAUUUAUGGUGAUGGGAAAUAAUAAAAAACACUAAACUUCA